ACUCUACUCGACUUCGCUUAUAAGCAUCAACACAUACAUACGUUGAUUUCAAAACCAACACCACUCUUCUCGAUGGAAAAGCAAGAAGCAGAACUCAUCUUCAUCCCUUUUCCGGUCACCGGCCACCUUCUCGCCACCAUAGAACUCGUGAAACUUAUCCUCAGCCACGACCCUCGUCGUAUCCACACCACAACCAUCCUCCAAUGGGGGUUACCUUUCCUUCCUCAGUCGGACAGCGACGCUUCCCUCAAGUCUCUAGCCAAGUCAGACUCUCGCAUCCGUAUCGUCACCUUACCCGAGCUCCAAGACCCUCCACCAAUGGAGUUCUUCUUAAAAGCUCCCGAAGCUUACAUUCUUGAAUUCGUCAAGAAAAUGGUUCCUUCAGUCAGAGGCGCUGUCUCGACAAUCCUGUCCUCUUCUCGUGUCUCGGGAAUCGUCCUCGACAUGUUUUGUGUCCCUUUGAUGGAUGUCGGAAACGAGUUUCAACUCCCUUCUUACAUUUUCCUCACUUGUAACGCCGGGUUCUUGAGUUUGGUGAAACACAUUCCGGAGAGACAUCGUCGAGUCAAGUCCGGGUUCGACCGGAGCUCCGGUGAGGAGGAGAAUCUGGUUCCUGGUUUCGUCGCCUCCGUUCCGACCAAGGUUUUGCCACUUGGUCUGUUGACGAGUGAGUCCUACGAUACUUGGGUCGAGAUGACCGGAAGGUUUCAUGAAGCUAAGGGUAUUUUGGUAAAUUCAUCUCCAUGUAUCGAAACUAACGCUUUUGGUUAUUUCGAUCGUAUACCCGUAAAUGAAUACCCACCCGUUUACCCAGUGGGUCCUAUUCUCUGCUUUAACGACCGUCCGGUUUUGGACCCAUUGGAGCGAGAUAGGGUGAUGACGUGGCUCGACGAGCAACCAGAGUUGUCGGUAGUGUUCCUCUGUUUCGGGAGCUUGAGGAGUCUCGCUGCGACUCAGAUUCAGGAGAUAGCUCAAGCGCUAGAGAUCGUCGGCUGCAGAUUCCUUUGGUCCAUUCGAACGGAGUACCCGAGCCCGAGCGAAAUUUUACCGGACGGGUUUAUGAACCGGGUUUCGGGUCUGGGCCUUGUGUGUGGUUGGGCUCCUCAAGUUGAGAUUCUGGCCCAUAAAGCAAUAGGGGGAUUCUUGUCUCACUGCGGUUGGAACUCAAUUCUUGAGAGUUUGCGUUUCGGGGUUCCACUCGCCACGUGGCCGAUGUACGCGGAGCAGCAGUUAAACGCGUUCACGAUGGUGAAGGAGCUUGGGCUGGCUGUGGAGAUGCGUUUGGAUUACGUUUUGGCGGAUGGAGAAAUAGUGAAAGCUGAUGAGAUUGCUAGAGCCGUCCGAUCAUUAAUGGAGGGUGAGGAUGUGCCGAGGAGGAAACUGAAGGAGAUAGCUGAAGCAGCGAAAGAGGCUGUGAUGGAGGGUGGAUCUUCGUUUGUUGCAAUUGAUAGAUUCAUCGAUAGGUUGAUAUCGGAUAUGGAUCAUUCCAACUCCGAAGAAUAAGUUGUCAACUGAUUUCAUUUUAACAUUGUAAUUCACUAAUAUGCCAAUGAAAUAAGUUCAACAACAUGAUUUAUAAUCCAAAAUGUACUUGAAAUCAUACCUUAAACCAAAU